AUGGGAUACAUAAAUGUGUCCAUAUUACUAGCCCUGGUUAUGGUGUUUGUUACACCGAUGGUGUUCGCAGAUGAUGCAACACCAAUUCCAGAGGCCAAACCCCAAGUGGAGCAGUGGUUCAAGACCAACGUAGCUCCUUUGCCUUCGCGUAAAGGUUUAGAUCCUGCUCUCGUAGCUGCUGAGGCCUCACCACGUACCAUUAACGUGAAUCCAAAGGGAGGUGAAUUUAAAACACUAACAGACGCACUAAAGAGCGUUCCUGAAAAGAAUACAAAACGUGUGAUCAUCAAGAUGGCUCCUGGAGAAUACAAAGAGAAAGUCACAAUAGACAAAAAGAAACCUUUUAUUACAUUGAUGGGAGAUCCCAAGGCCAUGCCGGUUAUUACAUUCGAUGGUACUGCCGCCGAGUAUGGAACCGUAAAUAGCGCCUCUCUCAUCAUCUUAUCUGACUAUUUCGUUGCCGAAAACAUCGUCGUCAAGAACUCUGCGCCGGCACCAGAUGGUAAAAGGAAGGGAGCACAGGCCUUAGCUAUGAGAAUCUCUGGAAACAAGGCGGCUUUCUACAACUGCAAAUUCUACGGUUUCCAAGACACAGUUUGUGACGAUGCUGGAAACCAUUUCUUUAAGGAUUGUUACGUUGAAGGGACAUUCGAUUUUAUCUUCGGAAGUGGAACCUCUAUGUACUUGGAAACACAAUUGCACGUGGUGGGAGACGGUAUUAAAGUGAUUGCAGCACAUGCGGGAAAGAGCGCAGAAGAGAAGAGUGGAUACACUUUCGUGCACUGCAAGGUAACUGGAACUGGUGGUGGGAUCUAUUUGGGUAGAGCAUGGAAAAGCCAUCCUAAGGUUGUCUACGCCUACACUGAGAUGACCAGUGUCGUCAACCCAACCGGAUGGCAAGCAAAUAAGGUGGCCGAACAUGACAAGACCGUGUUCUACGGAGAGUACAAGUGCACAGGACCAGGAUCACACACAGCCAAGAGAGUUCCAUUCACACAAGACAUUGACACCAAUGAAGCUAACCGUUUCCUUUCCCUCGGCUACAUCCAAGGAUCCUCGUGGCUUCUCCCACCUCCCGGAUUUAAGGUUAAUCAAAAAGGAGGUGCCAACUUUAAGUCAAUAAACGACGCGAUUAAGAGCAUUCCGGUAGGAAACAAGAAGCGUGUGAUCAUCAAGUUGGCUCCAGGUGUAUACACUGAGAAGGUCACGAUCGACAUAGGUCGACCAUUCAUUACAUUGCUAGGUCAACCUGGUGCACAAACGGUCUUAACUUACCACGGGACAGCAGCUCAGUACGGAACCGUAGAGAGUGCAACUCUUAUUAUCUGGUCUGAUUAUUUCCAGGCAGCUAACCUCAUCAUUAAAAAUACUUCUCCUAUGCCGAAACCAGGCUCACAAGGACAAGCUCUAGCUGCGAGGGUCAACGGUGAUUAUGCAGCUUUCUACAGCUGUAGUUUCCACGGCUUUCAAGAUACUCUAUGCGACGACAAAGGCAACCAUUUCUUCAAGGACUGUUACAUCGAAGGAACCUAUGAUUUUAUCUUCGGAAGAGGAGCUUCCUUGUACUUGAACACGAAAUUGCACGCUGUUGGGGACGGAUUAAGAGUGAUCACUGCACAAAGCAGAACAAGUACCACCGAACAAAACGGAUACACGUUCGUGCAUUGCAAAAUCACUGGAACCGGAACCGGAAUUUAUUUGGGCCGGUCUUGGAUGAGCCACCCCAAAGUCAUUUAUGCUUUCACAGAGAUGACCAGCGUCGUCAACCCAUCUGGCUGGAGGGAAAACUUCAACCGCGGAUAUGACAAAACGGUCUUCUAUGGAGAGUACAAGUGUUUUGGACCAGGGUCACACCAAGAGAAGAGAGUGCCUUACACACAAGAUGUUGACCAAAACGAAGUUAGGCCUUUCCUAACUCUUGGUUACAUUAAGGGCUCCAAGUGGUUACUUCCUCCUCCUAAAUACUGA